CACAUGUUCAGAGCUGCAUAUUAUUAUUCAGGCGAAGGAAAAACAAGUUCAGCUGAUUCGAAGCAAUUUCCACCGUCAGUUGUCCCUUCCUCUAGCUAAUAUGAAUUCAACACUUGAGGCCUACAAGGCAUGGGAGAUGGAAGGGGAACAUGGAUGUGUUCUUGAAGUGAAAUCUAAUGACUCAGACAGGGUUCCUUCUCAAGUUGCCUCGGCUUACCAAAGAGCACUGGAUAUGUAUAAUGCCCGCGUUCAAUUGGAAAAACAAAUUUCAAGACAGGAUACGACAGAUACUGAAAGACUGAACCAAUAUAUCAUUUACCUGAAAUUUGAACAAUCUGCUGGAGAUCCAGCAAGGGUCCAAGUUCUGUUUGAGCGUGCAGUUGCUGAUUUUCCAGUAUCAGUUGAUCUCUGGCUUGAUUACACCCGAUACAUGGACAAAACUUUGAAGGUGGGCAGUAUUGUAAGGAACGUUUACUCCAGGGCUACUAGGAAUUGUCCAUGGGUAGGUGACCUUUGGGUUAGAUAUUUGCUUGCUUUGGAACGUGCUCGUGCUUCUGAGGGCGAGAUAGCUUCUGUCUUUGAAAAAUCCUUGCAGUGCUCAUUCUCAACCUUGGAUGAGUACUUGGAUUUGUUUCUUACACGAGUUGAUGGCUUGAGGCGGAGAAUCUCAUUUGCGUCUGAGAUAGAGGACGUAUUGGAAUAUUCGUUGAUUAAAGAGACCUUUCAGGAUCGGUCCUCGGGGAAGACGUUUGGAUGUGCUAGGAUGCUGGAUGGCCUCUACUACUUUGAUGAGCUUUCUGGUAGUAAUAAAAUAACUCAGUGCUUUAGUAGUAACAGUUUUCUCUCUGUUAAAGAAAAAAUUAUGCUAUGACAUUUUAGGUUAGGACAUCCUAGUUUCUUCUAUCUCAAAUAUCUAUUCCCAGAUUUGUUUAAAGGAGUUAAUUGU